UUGAAUAUGUGUCGGAAAUAUCCGAUGAAGGUCACGUGAUUUAAAGAAAUAGCGUGACAAAGAUCGACAAAAUGGUGAAAGAGUACAACGACGGAAGUUCUGACCCAGAAGACCAGUGCAAGCUGUUCAUUGGAGGCAUCAACUAUGAAACUACAAAUGAGAGUCUGCGAAAUUACUUUGAGAAGUUUGGUGAUAUUGUUGAUUGCGUAGUGAUCAAGGAUCCACAGACCCAUAAGUCCAGGGGGUUUGGAUUUGUAACCUAUGCCAAGGUCAGCAUGGUUGAUGCCUGCCAGAAGGAGAAACCUCACAAAUUAGAUGGAAGGAUAGUCGAUCCUAAGAGGGCUAUUCCCAAAGACAUGGGACCCAAUGCACAUAUUAUCACAAAGAAGGUAUUUGUUGGUGGCAUCAAGGAUGAUAUGAGCGAGUCUGAUCUCCAGGCAUAUUUUUCAAAUUUUGGAAGUAUUGAAAACUUGGAUUUGAUGACCCAUCGUGAUACCGGGAAGAGUCGUGGAUUUGGAUUUGUCUCAUUCCAUGAUACCGACAUUGCAGACAAGUUGAUACUCACAAGAAGUCAUCGUAUUAAUGGACAUACACUUGAUGUCAAGAAGGCUGAACCUAGAGAAAACAUGAAUAAUGAGCAACAAGGUGGAAGAGGUGAUGGUGGCUUGAGAGGAGGCCGAGGUGGAGCUCGCGGGGGCAGAGGAGGAAGUAGAGGAGGCCGUGGUGGCGGUGGCGGCAACUUCAAUAACCAAGGCAACUUUGGUGGCAACCAAGGUGGUGGUGGUGGCCAGUUUGGGGGUAACAUGGGAGGACAGGGUGGCAAUAUGGGGGGUGGAAAUAUGGGCGGAGGACAAGGUGGCGGUAACAUGGGAAUGGGAGGUGGAAAUAUGGGUGGUAGUAAUAUGGGUGGAGGAAAUAUGGGUGGCAACCAAGGUGGAAAUCAAGGUUAUGGUGGUGGAUUUGGAGGAAAUACUGGUAAUCAAUAUGGUAACCAAGGCAACAACUACAAUAACCAAAACCAAGGAGGAAACUUUGGUGGCCAGGGAAACCAAGGAGGUAACAUGGGUGGAAACCAAGGUGGAAACUUUGGAGGCCAAAGUGGAAACUAUGGCAGUGGUAAUCAGGGCCAAAACUAUCAACAGAGCGGUCAGUCAAAUUAUGGCAACCAAGGAAACCAAGCUCAAAGCUAUGGUAACCAAGGACAAAGUAGUUAUGGUAACCAAGGACAGAGUGGUUAUGGUAACCAGGGUGGACAACAACAACAACAAUAUGGUGGGCAGAGUGCACAGGGAAACUAUGGUAACCAGCAGUCUACUACAGCCUACAACCAAGGUGGAUACAAUCAGUCAAGCCAGCCAUCACAGCCGUCAAGUGGGGGAUACAACCAGCAGGGGAGUUAUGGAGCCCAGGCAGUCCAAGGAGGAGACUACUCUCAACAGUCUGCCUCAUACAGUUCUGGUGGGGAUGCUUCUUACAGUGCUGGACAAAGUGGAGCCAGUGGUGGUAGUGUUGGAGAUCGUCAGGACCCUACGGUUCUGGUGGUAGCAGAGGGUCCCGUUAGAAUCAGAAAUGAAGAUUUGGAGACAUUACCCAGGAAAUUUUAUGAAGAACCAAUCCACUAUCAGCUAGUUAAACCACAAAGUGAGAGAUAGACUCUAAAACUAGUGAAACACAUAUACACAAUAGACUAAGACCCAACAGUUUAUAGCUUUAUUGAGUGAGACACAAAGUAUUGCUAUCAAGACAAGAACUAUUGAUAUCAAGGCAUAGGGCCUUUCUUGAAGAGACAAAACUAUAUUUAGUCAUCAAGAUGACCUUGACAUUAUGUUUAAAAUAGCAAAUGAGUCUUCAUGAAAACCACCAGCUAGUUGUAAUACAGUGUUUCAUGUGUAGAAAAGUAACUAAGGACCAAUGUAUGAUGAGCUACUUACUGAUGAAGUCUGACCAACAACUGAUAGAUGGGUUUAGUAAGUAAAAGACAGUUUGAAUGGAUCCCGUGUCAUAAUAUAUUGCUAUUGUAUAUAUUUUUAGUAGUUGUAGUUAAUAAGAUAGACUGGAUCAUGAUUCAUUUAUAAAAGCCAGAUGAGGUCAGAAAACAUACUUUGGAGAUAUGUGUCAAGUCAAAAUAGCUUUGACCUAAUUGUACAUUUUAAGUAUUUUAAUCAUACAUCCCUUUUCCUCUUGAGAAAUCAUUUUAUCAUAGUAGUGUAUAGUAAUUUUAUUUUAACUUAUAUGUAAAGAAAAACAGAUGAUGGAUUAAGAUGAAUAAAUGUCUAGUUUUGUAUUGUGUAUAAUAUCUAAGUGUUCUUUCGUUUCAUAUUCCAUGUUACUAAAUAUGUAUUUCUAGCAUGUCUGAAAUCAGGAUUGUAGUCAGACAACAUAGAUGUUCUGCUUGUGUAACUAGAUGACAUUCAUUCUGAAAUAAAGCAUUUAGUUGUUGGCAAUAAAUUUACAAAAUCUAAUUGAGGGGAAUUUAGGUUUUAGAGUGAAGUUAGUGUGGCUAAUUGAGGGGAAUUUAGAAAAUCACUUGUUGUAGACUGGGGGUAGUAUGGUGAAUUGAGGGUAACAUUUAUUGAACUGAGUGAGGUUAUAGUACCAACAGAAAGGUAUGUUAGACAAUGAUAGAGGAACAGUUCAUGUGGCAUGGCCGGCCAAUGGGGCUUUGGGAUUUUGAAGACAGCUACUAUAAACAGAUUUUGAUCACUACACAUCAUAAAUGUCAAGCUCCAAUAGCUUGUGCUCAUUUAUUCAACAUUUUAAGUGAGCUUGAACUAAUUUAUCGUUCAAAGUUCUAUAUUGAGUAAUAACUAGACAUAUAUAUAUGUUAUUGAUGUUCCAUUACUACAUGUUACUAAGAGUGGUUGUCAGGUAUCUCGAUUCAGCUUGAAAUAGUCUACAAAAUUUGAUAAUAUUUGGUAAGCUACUAGUACACAUAUUUUUUACCUCAGUACACUUUAUCAUUCAUUAACAUUUUCUCUGGUCACUUUAGUUUGAUAAUCUCAGAUUUCAGAGGUGUGUACUUGUGUACAGAGUCUGUAAAUUCAGCCAGUGUUUAAGAAUGUCUGAUAGAGCGCUCCAAUCAUUAGGAAUUCCAUAUUAAAAUUUUAUUCACUCUUGCAUGCCCAAAAUAGCACACCAGUGAGUCUGACAUAGAUUACCUCUUAGAAACAUUGGAAGUUAACUUUUGGAAAAUAACAGACUGUUUGAACUACUUCGGUGCACCACAUAUAAGAAGUUAUCAAGUAAUUUGAUAACUAUAUGCAUUUUGGUAAAUUGAAUCUUGGUUAGAACAUUUCAUUCAGAUAAUUGACCCAGUUGGUUUUGAUAUUUAUAUUUGAAUAAUAGAUACCGAAUUUACAAUUUUUAAUAAUUGGACCAAUUAAUAUCGAACCAUGAACGUGCAUUAGAUUUCUAUGUGGGGUGAAGUAUGUUAAAAUUGAGAGUUACCUUUCUGCCCUGAUAGUUCAUCUCAACUCCUUAAAUUAGAAAGUUACUUUGUCUAUCCUCCUCAUAUAUCUACAUGUACUUGGAGUCGGCUCCUGUGCUUCGUUAUUUCAGCCUUAGAUUUAUUCGGUUGAAACACCCAUAAAAGGACAAGAAAGGUGUUUUUGAGAAAUUGUCCCAAUCAGAUAUGUGUCUCUAGAAGUAAAGAGGUAGAGUGACUAGCUGAAUGGGGGACAUGAUAGCAGAGUAUGUUGAUAUGUGAUGUGCGCUUCUGGGAAAUCUUGAAAUGAAGUUCUAAGAGUUCCCAAAGUAUAGUUUUAGCUCAUUUGAAGAAGAAAUGGGAUAUAUCACAUGGUCAUUAAGAUGAACAGAUACAUGAAGAUGCCAUAAUUAGUUUGAGAAGUGAUACAGCAAAGUGAUAAGUUGCUUCAAAAGUGUUAAAGAAACAGGUAAGAUGUUUUACUUGGUUAUUAUCUAGAAAUAGGAUUUUAUAAAUGAAAAGGGGCUACCUGUAAUCCUCUCUGAAUUACAACAUACUACAUAUUUGAUGAUUGUCAGAAUGGUUAUAUGUAGGAAAGUGUCACUGUUCAAUAAAAUUAAUAAUAUGCACAAAAAUCCAAUUGUACUAUUUUAUGCAAAAUGACAGGGCAUACUAUUAGCUCAUCAAAGAAGAAUUGCUUUAAUAACACUCUAAUAGGAAUUACACUGUCAUGACUUUCAAAGAGGAACUACUGUAAUAAUACUCAAAUAGUCCCUAGAGAGCAAGCAUGGAGAGAUAUUUUCUAAAAAAAUGUUCUCAUUGUUAUUCUCACUAUGUAUUCAAAAUGAUCAGAGAGUGACUUUUGUAUAUAUGAUGGAAGGAAAGUAAUUCACUUUAGGCUAUCAUGAUUAACCUGAAGAAUAUAUCCCAGGAUGAAGACAUUAGUAUUCAACUGUAAUUGUACAUUAUAUUAGAGUUCUUGAUUGAUGGAGUUAAGUUAUUAGAGAAAUUUUUGUUUGAUAGACAUCUGUAAAACAUCCUGUUAUUAUAAGCUAAUUACAGGUUAAUUAUAUUAAUUAAUUUUAUACCAGUAGAAUAGCUAUUAAUUACUGAUCACUCUUACAUUCAGAGUUGAGUUCAUAUCCAUGCCAGUGUUUGUUUGCUUCUCUGUUACACCAGUAAAUUAAAGAUUAUAAGUAGCCAUUGUUGAUUUUGUUAAUAUGUGAUGUACACUUUUGACUUUUUUACCAAAUUUAAAAGUACAUUACAGUAUAUUUUUAAGACUGGAUAAGAAAGAUUCCUUCAACAUGUCGUAAUUAUGCUUUAAAAUUUUUCAGGAUGUUCUGUGCCUUGGAUGCUACUAGGCAUGUAUAAUAUAGUGUCUUGUCUGGUUUGUACAUCUAUAAGGCAAUGGCUGUGGUGUAGAUCGUGGCAGUGAUUUGAGUAGAGAGAUUGAAACGCCAUCUUUGUAAGCAAACUUCCAUGUUGAUCAAGAGCAGAGGAAGAUCACAUUCUGAUAACUGAGAUGAGCUUAGAAUUAGUCGUUAUCUGCUGAUAUUGAACUGUUAUACUACAGUACUACUAGUAUUUGACAUUUUAAGAUGAAUGAAGAAUUCUCCAGUCUUCUGUGAUAUUUCCAAUGAUCUAUUAGGCCUAUAUCGAGAACAGUGCAAUAUUAACAACUGCUAUUAAAUAUAUUGAGAAAAGUAAAGAUAGACCUACAGCAGAACAACUCAGGAAUUCAUAUGAGCAAUUGACCAGUAUUGUAAGCUUUUGUAUUGAAUCAGUUUUAUAAAUGUGCAUAUUUUUAUAUUAUUUUUUUUAUACAUUUUAUAUUUUAUAUACUUUUAUAUUAUAUAAUAAAUACAUGCAUAUCUUUGUUGCAUUUACACAAUAAAAGAAGAACAUUA